CGUGCCAGGAAGCAGCAUUACGUCACCAAUGAGGGGAGAUCCACAUGGUAGCUAUCCAGCAUGAGAGAAGACUUCUACAUCUGGAGGAAGGCUUCACGUGUUUAAUGUCUUGGCGGAUAUAGGAGUGAGCAUACGUCAUGGAAACGAAAAUGUCUGCAGCUAAGGUAAAGAUGCGCCAGAAGAAGAUGAGAAACCAGCCCGCCAGUGUCCAGUACUCAGUUUCUCCCGGUGAUGCGGAGAGCAGCGCACGGAGGACAGGGGUGGACUCUCCAGUCACCGGCGAAGCUGGUGACAUAGAGGAUCCUUCUAGCGUCCACCCUAAUAUAGAACGGCCAAAGAAUCCUCACCCACGGGGUGGAUGGGUCCGAGGACACCAGAGAGAUGGUGGAGGCUACACCAAGGAGAUGCCCAAGUACAUCACUGCAGGGGCUUUUGCCAGGGCCCGGGCAGCGGAGGUGAGCACCAUGCUGAAAGCAGUCACCAAGACGACGGGCAGUUGCCAUGUGUUUGGAGCCCUGCCCAAACACAUGAGGAGACGGGCCAUGAGCCACAACACCAAGCGGCUCCCCUGCAGGCUCAGAGAGUUGGCCAACCGAUUGCGAGAGAAGAGCCUCCAAGCCAGCUCCAAGAAGAAGAAGGAAGAGGCAAAGGGCAGGAGCCGAAAGGCCCGCCGCCAGCAUGGAAAUCUACUUCUGGAGUUCAACCGCCGCCAGAGGAAGAACAUCUGGCUGGAGACGCACAUUUGGCACGCCAAGCGCUUCCACAUGGUGAAAAGGUGGGGCUACUGCCUCGGGCUCCGACCCACAUACAAGUGCUACCGGCCUAGCUACAGGGCAAUGAGCAGCCACUGCCUGCUGCAGGACCUGUCUUAUUACUGCUGCAUAGAGCUAUUGGGGGAGGAAGUAGAGCUGCUGGCUUCUCUGUCCCAGUUGACCAGCAAGGAGGCUGGUCCUACAUUCGCUGCAGCACUGUGUCUGUCAGGCCAAAGACAGGGCAGUGUAGUGGUGUACAGAGCAGGACAGUACCCGACUCAGCCUCUGGGUCCUGUCACCUUCCUCUGGAGACCACGUGCACAGGGCUCAACCCACAGGCAGCUGUGGAUUUGGGCUCAUCCCACUAUUAAACAGGACCUUCUUCCUGAGUUACAAACUGUCUGCCAGUGUUGUGAGGCAGUACUUCCUCCAAUUCCACCUGUUCCCGCCCCAGAACCUGAAAAGACCCCUAAGGCUAAGCAGAUGACUGGCACCAAACAAAAGCGGACUUGUAAAAAUGACAGUGAACCUCCUGCCAAGAAGACCCUGGGGGAUGGAACUAGAUCCCCCAACACCCCAGUAACCUGGAAGUCCUUGUCAAAUGGGAUAGUUAUAAGUGACCUCACAAUGGAGAUUGUCCGCUAUCGUCUGAUUGGACCCCAGUCUCAUUCGGUUCUGGUGGAAACUAUGGAAGCGGCUACAUGCUGUAAUGAAAUUGAUAAAUCCCAGCCCGCUCCACUCUGGUGGCCCGAGCAGUGUAGAGACGAGAGAAAGAUGAAUCUGCAUCAACAACAAGCUGAUAUCUUUCACCUGCUGAAAGGCAUCUAUUCGACUGGAGAGCUCCCCUCAGGCACAGUGCUGGGUCUGACUGUUGAUGACCCCAGGCUGACUUUACCUACAAAGCGGGUUAAAGCUUUACCCUGUGUAAAGCAGGCACAAGAGGUGGGAGGGGAAGAAGAGAAGAGGAGGGACUUGAUGCUGCGAGGUGUACCUGCACCCUACUGUCAGAGUGACUUGUGGGAGCGCUCUGUUCGGGACAACGUCACGGAUAACAAGCUAUCCCAAAAGGAGCUGAACCGCAUGAAGAGCGAGUUGCUAGUGCCGGGUUCCAGGCUGAGCCCCACUCCCCUGCAGGGCCGGGUCCCCUUGCUCCUUGUCCACCAGCCUGGCAAGCAGGUGGGGCAUGAGAUGAGCUGCUGGGGGGCUGGGUGGGACCUGCUGCUUCCCAAAGGGUGGGGCAUGGCAUUCUGGGUCCCACUGGUGUACAGAGAUGUCCGCAUUGGAGGCCUGACCAUGAGUCUGAAACACUCUGAGAAUAAAGGAGCCGCACACUUCCCCCAUGAUUACCCAGACUGCCCUGCAGGCGCUCGCUUUCAGGAGGAGCAGGAGGCCCAGCUCCUGUCCAAGUUCAAAAGGUAUCCGCCUGCCAAAAGGCCCAAUUACAUUAAACAUGGCUGUCUGGCCCCGUUCUGUUGCCCGUGGCAACAGCUGGCUGAGGAGUGGGAUUUGAUCUUGAGUGAAGGAGAGAAAGGAGGAGGGAGACAAACCCAAAUGACAAUGCAGACUGAUGCAGAGAGGCAGAGUGGAGACAUAAAUGCCACAAAGCCUCUGCGCCGAGUCACUGUACUGAGGAACAGGAAGUCCCUGAGGGUCCUUUCUGGUUGGUGCAGACCAACAACUUCUAAAGGUCAAAGGGCGCGCAGCGGGGGGUCGCCCCUCGACCUGUCGGCAAUGACGCGAUUUCUCUCUGCACAUGGGACCAGUCUGGUGUGGGUGCGCCUGUCACUGCUGUCCAAGGGUAAACCAGAGCUCCACGCCAUGGUGUGCGCUCCGACUGCAGAGGACCUGAAGCUGCUGGGCAAAGAACCCGGUGCCUGUGGCCCCGUGGAGCCGCCACACAGAGAGCCCUUUAAAAGACUCACUAGACGCCAACAGAAGGGACCGAGGACUGCUGCUGCCUCUGAGAAGACACAGGCUAAAGAGUCGGACCCGUCGGCUGAACCAAAGCCCAGGAAAUCUAAAGGCCCCCUGCCUUCCCCGGACCUCACCUUUGGGCUGUGGGCAGACCCUCUGCCGAGUGUCACCUCUCACUGCUCCCGGGUUACACUGGGCUGGGUCACGCAUGGCGACUUCUCGCUGUCCGCCGGAUGCGGGGAGGCGCUAGGGUUUGUCAGCGUUGCCGGUCUACUCCACACGGUCCUCAACCAGCCGAUGGAACGCAGAGGAACGUUGCUGCUGCGCAACCCCACGGCCAUGCACUACCGCUUUGCUAAAGUCAACCUCGAGGUGUGAUGGAGCCCUCGCCGAAAUUCAGAAGGAGGAAGCUUUUGAGAGGAUGCUUCAUUCACCAAGUUAUCCCUAUGCACUGAAGAUUUAUUGCAUGCAUGACGCCUGACUACAAGUAACUGGUGGCUGUGUUGGAACAGCUUAUUUUCUGUAUGUUUUACUCUGGAAUAGGCAUCCUUCGGGUUCAGUUGAGGAAGGUUGGUUGUUUUCAUACAGACGCAUGCUCAACAAAGGAAUCAGUUCAAAACAACUGUUUCCAAAAUGAAGAUAAUUUAAAUCCCUUUAACACCAUGCUCAAUGUUAGUAGUUUUUUUUUUUUUAUUAAGAUGAAAUGGGGAAUAGUUUCAGUUUAAAAAGACACUGAAAGGAUUUUUUUUUUAAACAUGUUAAUAAAAUACCCAUUC